UUAACGACGUUCGAGUAAACAUUACAAAUUUUCAGACGAAAAACAAACGAUUACAUGUCUGCCACUACACAGUCUGGUUGAUACAGAAUCGGUAUACGUCUCUAACUCUUGGGGUUUUCUAUAUCCCAGUAUGGCGGAUAUUCUAGCUUAAAAUAUGGGGAGUUGUGUUUCCACAUCUGAUAAUAAGGUCAAUCCACCAUCUAAUGAGAAAAUAAUUCAUGUCGAACCUCAAGAGAGCAACUUUAGUGAGCAAGACUUUAGCGAGCAUGGGAGAUCUUCUGAAGGCAAGCUAUUAGAGACCUCAGCAUGUACUGAAAAAGUGAUACAAGUUAGACCUUGUGAUAGUGACCUUAGCAAAAGCGAAAGAUCUUUGGAAGGUAUAAAAACUUCACCUACAGACAGAGAACUCAUAAAUGGAAGAUAUCCAGAAGGCUACGAUGGAAAUAAUGAUGAAAAUUUCCACGCAAAAUCAUCGGAAAGAUGUUUGAGAAAUAACAAUGAGACAUCAAUUGACAACGAUCCACUCAAUGGUCGACUUUCAGAGGCUGGACUUGAAGACAGAGAAGAAAGUAAUUGUGUCUUACCGAGAGUUAAAUAUGGUUUACCUCCAAAAUCAGUUCGUUUUGAUGUUGAUUUCAAUGAUGUAGAUACAAAUUCUCGAUCAACACCAAGAAAGUUUCCAAGAAGAUUGAAGAAACUUGAAGGAAUGCCACAGCUUACUGCGGAACAACUUAGAAAAAAGCAAGAACAAGCUGAACAGAACAGAGCAAUGGAGCUUCAACGGAAGACUGACACCUUGUCAAAACAUAAUCGAGAUCUUUUUCAAGCAAGGGAGUACGAAAGAUUAAAAAACGCACAAAUACAGAUGGAGCAAAAGUUCCUUGUGAAUGAACGGAAUCGUCGAAAUCACAUGAAAGGAGUGAUUAUUAAACAACAAGAGAGGGAAACGAGAGCGAAAAACAUCCGCGAGAAAUUAAACAUGGAAUUGGAAGGAAGUGUUGUCCAUAUUGAUGAAACUUAUAAUAGCGGUAAUUCAUCUGAUGAUGACUGGAACGGAGGGGAAAAAGUUGAGAAAUCUGGUGCACAAGAGGACGAUUCUACGGACGAGUUCUUUGAAAACACUCCUGUUAGAGCAAAUCUUUGCACCGUUAUUAAUAACCCAAGGACAGGGUUCGCGUCUUUGUGAAAAAUCGCACGCACGUUUUGCUGGUUAAACGAAUAACCUACCAUGUAAUGCACGUUUCGCUGGCAGCAAAGGUGUGACCUAAGUAUUGAUAAAAUUAUCUUCACAUAUGUCCACAUAAUUUCCGUCAGAGUGCAUAACAUUAUCACGAUUACAACAUCAGAUUAUGACACAGCGGAAAAUAGCCAAUAUUAGAAUUUUAAUAUGCAGGGAA